AUGCUCGUCCUUAAUGCAAUUACACUUCUCGCUGGCCUGUCGACUGUGUCGGCAGUGCCUAUGGCCCAGCCGCGUCGUCGAGGCUUCACUCUCAACCAACUCAUCAAGCCCACGACCCAAGGAUUAGCGCGAACUAUCAACCUUCCUGGGAUAUACGCCGGUGCAUACACCAAGUUCGGAAAGAGCGUGCCUGCGGAUCUCAAAUCUGCUGCGGAAAAUGGCACUGCUGUCGCUAAACCGGAGGAGAAUGACAAGGAGUACUUGACGCCAGUGAAGAUCGGGGGUACGACGCUAAAUUUGGAUAUUGAUACUGGGUCUGCGGAUCUGUGGGUGUUCUCGAGCGAGCUAUCUACCACCGCACAGAGUGGGCACAGCAUCUACAAGCCAGCCUCCAACGCGACCAAGAUGGAAGGAUAUAGCUGGGAGAUCUCCUACGGCGACGGAAGCGGUGCGAUAGGCGACGUCUACAAAGACACCGUUACUGUCGGUGGUGUCACAGCGCACGGCCAAGCAGUCGAAGCGGCCAAAAAAAUCAGUCGGUCGUUCGUUUCUGAUAAGAAUAAUGACGGCUUGAUGGGGUUGGCUUUCAGCUCUCUUAACACUGUCAAACCCCAUGCCCAGAAAACCUUCUUCGACACCGUCAAGGACGACCUCGAUGAACCUGUGUUCGCGGUAGCACUCAAGCACCAGGCGGCAGGCUCAUACGACUUUGGAUACAUCGACAAGUCUAAAUACACCGGUUCACUCACAUACACCGAAGUCGACAGCACAGACGGAUACUGGAUGUUCACAGCGGAGGGCUACGGUAUCGGCGAUGGUGACGCCAACUCAACCCCCCUGACUGGGAUUGCAGACACCGGUACCACCCUCCUCAUGCUCCCCGAAGAAGUCGUUGACGCAUACUACAAACAAGUCUCUGGCGCAAAGAGGAACGCAAUGGCUGGUGGCUACGUCGUUCCCUGCGAUGCUGAACUGCCAGACUUUACCACCGUUAUUAGCAGCACCAUCAGCAGCGGCUCCGGUAGCAGCACCGGUAGCAGUACCGGUAGCAGCCCCAGCAGUAGCAGUACCCCCGGUUUUGGCGGCGGUUUCGGUGAUGGUGGCCUUGGUAGCCUCGGUGGACUCCUUAGCGACGACUUUGGUAGUGGUAUUUUCUCCAACAAGAGGAGCACCAGCAGUAGUGGAAGUGGAAGCUACAAAGCCGUCACGCCUGGCAAGCACAUCAAAAUGUCCGCCAUUGACGAGGAAGGGUCGAGCUGUUUUGGGGGCAUUCAGAGUAACUCUGGGAUGUCGUUUUCGAUCUUUGGGGAUGUGUUCUUGAAGAGUCAGUACGUGGUUUUUGAUCCUGAGAAGCCGCGAUUGGGAUUUGCGCCUCAGGCUUGA